AUUUGUUUUGACAUCUCUUUCAAACAAAAACACCAGAGAGACACCACAGAAAUAUUUUUUGCAUUUUAUUUCCAGACGUGACCCGGGCUGCCCAGACUGCAAUUUUAUAAAUAAUAUUUUCUGUGCACGUUCGAGUUGGCUUCCAGGAAAAUGACUUUAACGAAAGUGGUUGACCAGUGCAGCAUCAUGCAAGGCGAUCGAAGCAAAUUAAAAGACCUACUUCGGCUACGUUUAACCGAAUGUGGAUGGAACGUGGAAGUUCGUUUGCUGGUGAGGGAAUUGGUGAAGGAAGAAGGCGGUAACAUCAAUGUUGAUAAAAUUGUGCAGACUGUAACACCUAAGGCUAGGAAUUUAGUACCAGACACCGUCAAGAAGGAGCUCGUGCUGAAAAUUAAAAAUAUCUUACAAGCGCAAAUGACAGACAUGUAAAUGUUGAAUAAAAAAAAAUUCCGAGUCAAAA